AUGGCCACGUUUCCAGAGAUCGAGGGCGGCGGCUCCCUCAUGCUCGCCUGGCAGAUCCGCAACAAGCUGGUUCUCAUGGUCGGCGGCGGCGAGGUAGCCGCCGGUCGCAUCUUGAACCUCCUCAACUCGGACGCCAAAAUCCGUCUCAUCAGUCCUCGUCAAGGCCUCAACGAUGAAGUCGCCUAUCGUGUCGACCAAGGCCUCGUCGAAUACAUCGAUCGUACCUUCGAACCCUCCGAUCUCGACGACCCCAACAUUGCCAUGGUCAUGACCGCCAUCGACGACCCGGAAGCCUCGACUACCAUUUGGAAGCUGUGCAAAGAAAAGAGAAUAGUUGCAAACAUCGCAGAUGUACCGCCAGAGUGCGACUUCUACUUCGGAAGUCAGUACAGAGAUGGGCCUUUACAAAUCAUGGUCAGCACUAGCGGAAAUGGUCCUAGAAUGGCAAACAUUGUUCGCAGGAGAAUCGCUUCCUGCUUGCCGCCCAACAUCGGCGAAGCUAUCAAAAAGGUUGGAGCCCUUAGGAAGAAGCUCAGAGUUGUCGCCCCGGGAAACGAAGAGGGCCCAAAGAGAAUGAAGUGGAUGAUCAAGGUCUGCGACAAAUGGUCCCUCGAGGACUUCUGCACAAUGGAGGAACGUGACAUGGAGGCCCUGCUCGAGAGCUAUGCACCGGACGUCGUGCCCUCAUUCGACCAAGUCCGACUAGGCGAAGAUCCGAACGUGUGGGAGUUUGACGGCUCCUUUGGUUUUGCUGUUUAG